CCCUGCGUUGUUCCUUUUUCCAUCGAAUCGAGGUGGGUGAAGUAAAGUCAAGACGUAAAGUGAAUGUUCAAAAUCGAAAGUUGUGUCAAUGGUUCUCCUUGCUUUUAUUAUUGGAAAGUCCAUCGUUUUACUUGAGAUUGUAAAUUUGAUUGAAAGGCACAGGAGAUUGUAAAUUUGCUGCUGGAUCUUUGGAUCCGUUUUCGAACCACUUGACUUGCUAGAUUGAGGACAUGUCAAUUUUGAAACCUGGUAUUCGAGUUGUGCGGGGGCCUAACUGGUCCAACGGUUCUGAGGAUGGAGGAGACUGGCAUCUGGGUAGUGUGGUUGAAACUUCCAACAGAAGAGUUACAGUUCAUUGGGACAACGGGAAUAAGGGCAGCUACAGCUUCAAUAGAGAGCUUACCAUAUUUGAUGUCAGUCCUUUAGGUAUUCCUCAUGUUGGUGUCACCUGUGAUGUAUGCUCAAAGUCAAACUUUGUUGGAAUUAGAUGGACAUGUGUUGUCUGUAAUGAUUUUGAUUUGUGUGAUUCAUGCUAUCACAAAGGAAACCACAGUCUUGACCAUGAUUUUUACAGAAUCAAUGUAAACCGCGGAGAAAGGACCAAAGUUGGUCAACGAAACGGUACCCCGUGUAGAACUGCUUUUGGCAUUUUCCCUGGUGCUAUUGUAAAGAGAGGCCCUGAUUGGAAUUGGAAUGACCAAGAUGGUGGCAGUGACAAAACUGGAAAAGUUCUUGCCCUUUAUGAUUGGAGCAAUAAUGCGGUUCCCAAGUCAGAGAGAUCUGGUGCUCGUGUAGCUUGGAGUUCUGGUACAGCUGCUGAAUAUCGAAUUUGUUUUCAAGGAAAGUGUGACCUUAUUGCAAAGGAGCCAGCGGCGAGUUCGAUGUUCUUCUCUUCUCACCUACCAGUUUUGGAUGAAGCUUGCUUUGAAUCUACACCGGACGAAUUCGCCGUUGGGAACAGAGUGUUUGUUUAUGUUAAUAAAGAAAGGGCAAAAGAAUUGCAGCAGAAUCAUGGAGGCUGGAAUGAGGCAAUGGAAGAGUUUAUUGGUUCCAUCGGUGAAGUCUCGAGGAUUCUUCCAAACGGCGAUAUUGGUGUAAACUAUAAACCAAAGGGGAUGGAGAUGUUGCUGAGAGCCAUGGCCCUUGGGGCUAAAAAACACGUUGAGUGGGUCUACAAUCCUGCCUGCUUGAAAAAAGUCGAAUCUUUCGCAGUAAACGACUCUGUGACUGUACUGGGUGAUAAAGAAGUAGUUGAGAAGAUGCAAAAUGGCCACGGAGGAUGGAUUGAUCAAAUGCAAAUGUCUAUUGGAAAAACUGGUGUCAUUAAAGAAAUUGAUAGUGAUGGUGACAUCAAGGUUGGUUUUGGGGCGAUAUCCUGGACAUUCAGUCCUGCUGCACUUACGAAAAAGACGUCGAAUGGACCCAACAACAAUCCAACAGGUAAUAAAACGUCUGGCUCUUUCCUGGCGGAUUUGCUUUCUGGAUUUUCGAUGAAUGGCAGUGAAGACCUGAUUUUUUUAUCUGUAAUUGAAAACGAUGUUUCAAAAGCCAAGCGUCUUUUGGAAAAUAAACCAGCACUGGUCAAUCACAGCAAGGAGGGCUUAACUGCCCUUCAUAUAGCUUGCGAUGCUGGAAAAAAAGAAUUUGUAGAACUUUUGUUGUCAAAUGGAGCAGAUGUUAAUAAAGAGGACAAAGAUGGUGACACUGCCCUUCACCGCGCAUCUCUGAAGAAGCGUGUGGAUAUUGUAAAGAUCUUGGUUAAAAAAGGUGUGGCAAUGAACAAAUCAAACGGAAAGGGAAUGACAGCUUUUCAUUGCGCUGCUUACUUAGGACAUGUCGAAGUCAUGAAAAUUCUUGUUGAUGCCAAGGCUGACGUAAAUACCCAGGAUACAGCUGGAGACACUCCCUUGCACGAUGCUAUCGGACAGGAUAAGCAACCGUCCGUUGAAUUCCUUAUUGAGCUAAAAAACAUUGACUUUACAAUUGUGAAUCGGCGAGGAUUUAAUCCUUUACAUCAUGCUGUUUUUUCUGGAAAAAACGAGAUUGUGACAAAAAUCUUGGAGAAAGUUCCUGAACUGGUUAACGUGCAGAAAGAGGAUGGCUUUGCAGCACUGCACCUCGCUGUUGUAAAUGGCUAUGAAGGCAUAGUGUUGCAUAUUCUCAAUCAGGGCUAUUGUGUGAUAGAUCAAAAGAACACAAAAGGUCAGACUCCUUUCAUGCUUGCAGCUACAGAAGGAUAUAUGGGGAUGUUGAAGACGCUAUUAGACCGGGGAGCUGAGAUAAAUAUGCAAGAUGAAGAUGGAGAUACGAGUCUCCAUGUUGUUUUGAAAAAACAUGAGCUUUUUAAAUUAUUGGCAAGCGACGUCUUUGGUGAAGUAUCCCUGGAAGUACCAAGCAUUGUCGCCCAGUUUGAGAAGCCAAAAGCAAGUAGCGUGGCGAUAGCCUGUUAUUUGGUUGAAAUAGGUGCCGACAUAUCCAUACGCAACGACGAAGGAGUUGAUGUCAUUGGUGCAGUUUCUGACCAAAAUAUCAAAGAUCUUUUGAAAAAGUUCGAAGAGCGGAAAAGAACAAGACCUCCCCGCCAAGAAGAAAACAAGACCUCCCCGCCGACGAGAAUGCCUCAGCAGGAGACAGCGCCAGUCAAAGGCUCGAUUGAGAAAGAGGAUACCAAAGUAACAGCGAAUAACACUUCAGAAUUAAACACUUCAAAAGAGCCAGACAUAAAAAACUGUCGUUUGUGCAGAGAAAAUCAUAAAGAUGCAAGGUUUAUACCAUGUCGUCAUGAACCUGUUUGCAAAACAUGCGCAGAAUUAUUCAAGAAAUGUUGUGAAUGCAGGGAAGACGUCAUAGGCGUGGAACUAUUUGUUCCACCGCAUCUCCCUGCUUGCAAAAGCUGCGAUGAUUCGCUGUGCAACGUAAUAUUUUUACCUUGUGGACACAACAGUUACUGUCACAGCUGCUCACAUAGAUUCAAGAAGUGUCAAUUAUGUGAUAAACUGAUCGAUCAAAGGAAAUUUAUCGGCCCAAAACCUGUGGAAAAAAGACCGAUCAACCGGGAAAGCAAUUUUGAAUGCAAAAUUUGUUUUGAGCGUCUGCCCAAUUCCGUAUUCGGAUGCGGACAUAGUUCCUGCGAGACAUGUGGUCAAAAUUUGGCUGUAUGUCAUAUUUGUCGAAUGCCGAUCACCCAGCGCACUCCUUUAUAUUUAAACUGAAGCAGGAUUCACUAAAGCAGUUACUAUUGCUAAUUAAGUGUCGUUUUUCUAUGCUGAUUCGUUUAGAAUUUUUUAUCUAUGUUUUCUUGCGCAGUAAUCGUAAAAGGUCACUCAUCAAGGUUUUGUGUUUUCAUUGCCUCCUUGCAAUAUAUUUUCUAACUGUUACUCAUAAGCAAGGCUGUCCCCGAUGGAUUUAGUCUCCCUCACAAUAAGACAGUAUUUGUUGAGGAGGCCAAUGAUGUACUUCAUCCUUGUGGCAAGGAGCAAUGUAUCGUGAAAAUGAUCGAGUUCCAUGCGCAUUUCUUUGACUCAAGAACAUAUUUUCUCUUGUUCGUCUCCCAAAGCUCCUCAACAAAUAUACGCUAGUUGCCCAUUCUUCCUGUUUACAAUAAGCCACCCUAAAUUGUUUUUCAAUCCUUCAAGAUGGUUAAUUCACUGCUAAAGAUUUCAGGCUUAUGAAGUUUUUUAUCAUCCAUCAAUUGUGUGCUUCAGUGCCACAUUCCCACACGUUGCCUAAUCAAGCUUUUAAAAACGCUGCUCAAAUUACAACAACUUUUUGCAAUAAUUAAGCACGUUUUUAAAAAAAAUUAUUUCUUUAACUCCGAGAAAAGAUUUUUUUGUACUAAAUUGAAUCGGAUAGCCAUUUCAAAGCUGCGUAAACUUUUUGGUGCUUGUAGAAAUGUGUGUAGCUGAUUCAGCAACUGCUAAAUAUCUUCUAAUUUUUCUAAUAUUGUUCUAGUUUUUUAUAUGAUAAUUGUAGAAAGCUGUAUACGAUAAUUUUGUUUCAGACUGAUUCAACAUUAUUUUCCCCUAAACUCUGUAAAAAUUACAUACCGAUCUAUUUUUAGUCUAAAGGCUGUUGAUUUCCAUUGUUGUAUUCGUA